AUGCCUAAUGGCCAGACCUGCGUCCAAACCGCCUCGAACGUAUUUCUGACGGCUCAUUGUGGCGCCGAGGGCAGCUUUCUCUCUACAGGCUUCGCGACGUUUCCGCUUGUAUCUACAAUUACUAGUGGGGAAGGAUUGCUGACAUCCUCCGCGCACGACUUCAAGCGGCUCUACCUCAGCCGCUACUCAUCCGGUAUUAUCUUCUACGAUUUCCAACACAACCCCGAGUUUAAUCCCAGGCAAUUCUAUCUCGGCCGGGGCAUUAUCUGGUGCCGUCAUAGGUGGGGUGUCUUUCUCUUCAUAAAACGACGGAAAACACGGGGAAACAUCAGCGACGAUGUGAUGAAAGCGGCCGUGAGUGACAGGAAGCAGGGCGGCCACGAAGGUGUUUCUGAACUACCAUCGGUCGAGCGCUCUCUUGAGCUCCCGGGCCUUCGAGAUCCUAGUGAGCUAUCCGGGUAUCAAAGUCCUGUCGAGUUGCCAGCUUCACCAUACACACCGCAUGCAGUGCGAUACCGGCCCUAG